AUGGCUGACCCUUUAAUUAACUUUGUUCUAAGUUAGGUCCACAUAUUUUCAGCAUGAUAUGAUGGAGCAAUAUAUGAACAACAAGAUGGCGCAGCUAUGGGAAGCCCAGUUUCGGCAGUCAUAGCCAACCUCUACAUGAAGGACUUUGAAGAACAAGCACUAUCAUUCGCGCCAACCGCCCCAAAGAUCUGGAUAACGUUAUGUUGACGACACUUUUACCAUCUUAAUACGAAAUGAUGUCGAAAAUCUUCUACAGCGGCUUCUCAACACUCAAGAACCAACCAUCCGUUUUACAAUGGAGACUGAGAAUGACAACACAAUUCCCUUUUUUGACACAUUGGUCAUAAAAGAUUCAGAAGGACGCCUCACUACAAGUGUUUACAGAAAACCUACGCACACAUCAGUGUGCCAGUUAUGGCUUACGCCUUUAAUGACUCUCACAAAUGACCCUCAAUCAGUUAACGCGGUGUUGUCAAGUGCUUAUACGAUCGAUCGAAAAAUAUCAUCACUAAACCAUCGGUUACCCCUGAGGAAAAGAAUAAUUUAGCCUCUGCCCUUGUCUCUAACGGAUACCCCUAUUCGUUUGUAACUAACAUGAUCACCAAUUUCAAGACACGGGCAGGCAUCUGUGAUAUAGAACCCGCAACCGAAAUAAAUCUACGGCGGUUCUGCCAUAUAUAAGUCUAUCUGAACCACUUCGUCGUUGCCUACAACAGCAUGGCAAAGGAUCUGUUUUCAAGUCCGACACAACACUAAGAACGCACUUAGUACGACCUAAGGAUCCACAAAAACAAGAUGGAGUAGUGAAUAAGAUUCCUUGGGAAUGCGGCAAAGUAUACAUUGGCGAAACGGGAAGGUGGGUGCAUUAA